AUGGGACGUCAUGCUUUAAGCAUAUUUAGCUUUGCAUCUGUCCUGGCUGCCACCUGUAACUUCUCUGAAGAUAACAAGCUUGGUGAAGGGGGCUUUGGACCUGAUUAUAAGUGGGUACAUGUCUCCAACAUCAUGGAGGGAACUUCUUCAAUAAAAUCAGAUGUCUACAGCUUUGGAGUGUUAAUGCUUGAAAUCAUUAGUGGCAGGAAAAACAACAGAUUAUACAAAGAGGAUUGUGUGCUCAAUUUAGUAGGAUAUGCAUGGGAGUUGUGGAAUGAAGGUGGAGGGCUUGAAUUAAUGGAUCCAAAUCUAGGAGAUUCAUGUAUUAAAGAUCUAUUCUUAAGAUGCAUGCUUGUUGCUCUCCUUUGCGUGGAAGAGAAUGCAGCCGAUAGCCAACUAUGUCAGAUGUCAUAUCUAUGA